AUGCCUACGUAUGUGUUUGUCAGGCAUCAUGGAAUUGAGGUGAAGGACUUUGGUCGCUGGCGUGAUGGUGUCGCAUUCCAGUCAGUAGUGCACGCCAUCAGGCCAGACCUGGUGGACAUGGAGGUGGUGCGGAGGAGGAGCAACAAGGAAAAUUUGGAGGAAGCCUUUGCACUUGCAGAAAAUGAGCUGGGUAUCCCCCGUCUGCUGGAUCCAGAAGAUGUGGAUGUAGACAAGCCAGAUGAGAAAUCCAUCAUGACAUAUGUGGCUCAGUUCCUCAAGCACUACCCAAACCCCCACCACUCUGAGACUGAUGGACAGCAAGAUGAGUUUGGUCCCCAAGAUAUAGAACAAAUGCUUGAGAGAGAGGAGCGGAAGAUGCUGAGAGAGCUGAAGGUGUUUUUAGAUCAGCUGGAGAGAGAUGUGCUGCGGGCCCAGGGAUCAGAGGGAAACCUCACUGACAAAUAUCAGGCAUUUAAGAGCUUCCAUGUACAGUAUGAAAUGAAGAAAAAGCAGACAGAUCCACUGCUGCAGCCAGUCCACAGAGAUGGCAAACUGUCUGUGGACCAAGCUCUGGUCAAACAGGCGUGGGACCGUGUGUCUGCCAGGCUGCUGGACUGGCAUAUCCAUUUGGACAAGUCCCUGCCUGGUCCUCUGGGAGUGAUUGGAGCCUGGCUUCACAGGGCAGAGAUGGCUCUUAGAGAGGACAUUCCCAUCCAACAUGCUCAUGAAGAGACAGCCAAUGUUCUUCACAGAACUGAGCAGCACAAGGAGGUAUUAAAAAAUUUGGAGUCACACAGGCAACCCUUCCAGCAAAUCCACAGGGACAGAUCAGUGAAUGGGGUACCUGUCCCACCUGAGCAACUCCAAGAUAUGGCUGAACGGUUCAAUUUUGUGUCUACAUCAUCACAUGCACACCUUAUUAAACUGGAAUUCUGGGAAAUGAAGUAUCGACUGAUGGCAUUUCUUAUGUUGGCUGAGUCAAAGCUCAAGUCAUGGAUCAUUAAAUAUGGCAGACGGGACUCUGUUGAACUCUUGUUGCAAACUUACCUUACUUUUGUAGAAGGCCACAGGUUCUUUGAGCAGUAUGAGAUAAUCUUCACAGCGCUCAAGCAAGCGGCAGAGGUUUAUGUAAAGUCUGACAGUUCAAGGUCUAAGACCUGUAACAAAGUUGAUGAAGCGGAAGGGGUAAGUAAAUUCCUCAGUGAUGCCACAGCUCAGUGGAAGAACCUGGCUUUGGAGGUGCGAAGUGUUCGCAGCAUGCUGGAGGAGGUUAUAUCUAACUGGGAGAAGUACAGCAGCACAGUGGCAGCUCUGCAGGCCUGGCUAGAGGAUGCUGAGCAGAUGCUCAAUCAGUCAGAGAAUGCCAAACGUGAUUUCUUCAGAAACCUCUCUCACUGGAUGCAGCAGCACACGGACAUGAACGAUGCUGGGAACUUCCUCAUUGAGACCUGCGAUGAUACAGUCUCACGAGAUCUGAAGCAGCAGCUUCUCCUUCUGAACGGGAGAUGGAGAGAGCUGUUUGUCAAAGUCAAACAUUAUGCAAGAGCAGAUGAGGUGGAUAAGUUGAGGCAAGACUACCAAGAUGGGAUAAAUACCUUAAAAAUGUUCAUGGAUGCAACCAAUGAGAAGAUGACUGCUCCUGUUCAAGUGUCUUUCCUGAAUGUCAGAGCCUUUGUUCAAGAUGUUGAGGAAAUCAAGCACAAAGUGCCAGCUAUGGAAGCUGCCUGUAAGGCAGCGAGCCGUACUGCUCAGCUGUUGACCAAAGACACUCCACAGGAGGAAGUUUCACAGAUGAUGGAGGUGAUGGCCUCAAUCAAAGAGCAGCUUAGCAAGGUAAGAGAGAGAUGUUUGCCUCUGCUGAGGGAGUCCCAGUCUCUAUUACCUCCACUGGAAGAAAUGGAGAAGAACAUCACAGGCUUCUACCAGGCUCUGGAGAAGGCCAGUCAUCUGACCAGCACCCCUGACUCUGAGGGACCAGUAGACUUUAAACAGAAAUGCCAGGAGCUGGCGACCUUCACUCAUAGCUGUAAGAAAUGUUUGACAGUCAUAGAGAGAAACCAUCAGACCAUCCAAAAAAUAAUGAACAGCAGUAAAACCCUCCAGCACAUGGACAUGAGUCUUCUGCAGAAAAGAGUAGCUGACCUGCAGACCUCCUCACAGGCCAUGAUUAAGGAAUCUACAGAGUGGCGGAAGCAUGUGGAGGCAAACAGCAGCCUCAUGAAGAGGUUUGAUGAGUCACGGGUAGAGCUGGAGAAGGUUCUUAAAAUGGCACAGAGCUGUCUGACAGAAAGAGGCAACCCAGAGGAGCUGCUCAAGAAACAUACAGAGUUCUUUGGUCAGCUGGAUCAGCGCAUCUUGAAUGCAUUCCUCAAGGCUUGUGAUGAGCUGACAGACAUUUUGCCAGAGCAGGAGCAGCAAUCGCUACAGGAAACAGUUAGGAAGCUGCACAAACACUGGAAGGAUAUUCAGACAGAUGCCCCCUUUCACCUUCUGCAUCUUAAAGUGGAGGUGGAAAGGAGUAAGCUGAUGGUGUUACUGCAGGAGUGCCAAGCGGAGGUAACCAGGGAGAACCGCCACCUGGCUAGCAUGGGGAGCGAAAGGCUCAUCAAAGAGCACAGGGCCUUUUUUAAGGAAAAGGGCCCCCAGUCCAUCUGUGAGAAAAGGCUGCAGCUGAUGGAGGAACUUUGUCAAAAGCUCCCUGAGGGUGACUCUGUCCACCAGACCCUGGAAACGGCAAGAAAGGACUUCUCUGAAGUCCAAGAGGAAAUCGAGAACACCCAUCAGAAGUUAAUGCAGCACCCAGAUAAAUGGAAGGAGUAUAACACAAGGUACGCUGAACUCUCGUGCUGGCUUAUAUCCAAAGAAAGCCAACUAAGGCUGCUGAGAAACCGAGCCAAUGACCCCAGAAAAUAUGGCCAGGUGAAGGCUACCAUCACGGAACUGAGGAAUGAUGCAGAGCUACAGGAGGGGAAUCUUGGCUGGCUGAAAGCCCGUAUGGCUGUUCUUAUUGAGAUCAGUGCUGACAGCGAUGCCCAAAGGCAAGCAAGUGCACUUAGCAAGCUCUCUACUGAUUUUAAGGGUCUUCUUGCUUCCCUCUUAGAGGGUGAGAAGAUGGUGCUGGCUGUGGGGGACUGUGUGCAGUUCAGGGAAGAGGUACAGACUACUUUGGAUGAUCUCGUGCAGGGGCAGAAAGAGGCUCAGGCUGAGGUCACCAAAAUACUGGACUGCCCAACCGUCAGAGAAGCCCAGCAACUGCUUCUUGUUCACCAGCAACUGUUAAAACGCCUAAAACUGAAGAGAAAGGACGUCCAGCAGCUGAUCACCAGAGGUCAGCAGCUCCAGGCUGAGGAGGGUUUGGGAGAGACUCUGCAGCAGGACCUGCAGAAUUUAGAGAACACUCUCAGCAAAAUGGAGCAGAAUAUGGAUUCACAAGAACAAAGCCUUGAGGUCACACUAGCAGCCUGGCAGGAGUUUGACAGCCAGCAGGAGGCAGUGCAUGAGUUUGUUAAUAAAGCACGCUCAACAAUGGAGAGAGACCUGAACUUCAGCAGUCCAGAGAGCCUGGCUGUUGAACUUGACCAGGCCAGAGUGUUGUUGAAGCAGUGUGAAGCAGAGGCCUCACAUAUGAACACUUUGCUGAAAAGAGCAACAGAAAUCCAACUUGGCCCAAAAAACAAGACUAUGCUUUUACAACAAGCUCGUUCUCUCAGUGAGCAAGUGGACAAAGUAGAGGCUGGGCUCAAAAAAGAUGUCAAGACUCUGGAAGAUAUGAAAACUCAGUGGGAUCAGUUUGGAGCUGGGUUUGAAACCUUUUCCUUGUGGAUAUCGGACAAAGAAAAGCAGCUGGAUGUACUGAAAUCUUCUACUUUGCCUCUUGAGCAACAGGUCAACACAGUAAAGGCUAUUGGUGCAGAGCUUCAGGAGCGAGCUGAGGUUCCUACUCAGCUGGAGGCAGAUUCGCAGGCACUAGCCCAGUUUGUAUCUUCAGGGGAGGCAGCUCGCAUCAAGGCCCGUCUGACCCAAAUCGGCAGGUACUGGGAGGAGCUGAAGGAGAGCGUACAGCAGCUGAAUGGACAGCUGGAGGAAAGCUCUUCUCACCAGCAGAAGUUCAAAAUCAACCUAGAGGAGGUGCAAGCAUCUCUCAGUGAACUACAAUCAAAACUGGAGCAUCCUAUCAAAUCCUGCACCGCCUCAUCAGAGACCUACAAAGCUCUUCAAAACCACAUGGAUGUCUGUCAGCAUCUGGAAAAGCUGAAGGGAACCUUGCUGUCCCUGUCAGCUGGUGCCCGAAGACUUAGUGACAGAGAGCAAGCAGAAAGGACUGUGACAGAGCUAAACACAAGCUAUGACCAAAGUGUACAGGAGGCAAAGGACAAACAGAGCACACUGGAAAACCUGCUUUCUCUUUGGCAAAAGUAUGAGAAACUGCGUUCAAACAUUGUUUCUUGCUUGGAGAGGAGUGAAUCUGCAUCCAAACCAGAGAGUCACUUUCUGUCAGCUGAUAAAACCAAGCUCCGCACGGAGAUACAAGAUUUGCAGGCUUUACACUCUGAGGUCCAGUCCCUUGAGCCCGCUCAUACUGAAUUGGUAUCUUUGGGGAUGUCCUUGUGUCCGACUGCACCAGAAGAGAGAGUGAGGCAACUAAAAGACGAGCUGGAGACCCUAGAGAGGAGUUUGCAUGUUCAAAAUGAAGUCCUCCCUCAAAGAAUCAAAGAGCUUCAGAGCCACCUCUCACUGGUAGAGCAGUUUGACCAGGCCCUGGUAAAAUUCUCCCAGUGGAGUGAGACCAUGCUCUCAAAUCUGCACUCAGCUUCUCAAAUCAACAUUAGCAACCUGCAGUCUGCCACCACAAAAGUAAAGGAGACCCAGGUGGCCUUACAGAAGCAGUCCAGUGUGAGACAGAGCUUGGAGCAGCAGGCCGAGAAGCUCUGUCAGUUCUGUGACCCUGGUGAUACACAGCUUCUCCGCAGCAGAGCAGACAGCUGUUUGCAGCCCUACCUAGAGGCCCAGCACAUAGCUGAGCUCCAGUUAGAGUGCCUUGCAAGGCUCGAGGCUUUCCUGCAGACCCACAGUGUGGCUGCAGGAGUGUUGCGGGGUCUGAAGCAGACUGUGGAGAGUGCUGGCAGCUGGGACCGUGGGAAAGUAGAAGAGCUGCAGCAGGAGCUGGCCACUAUUGUCCCGGACAUUAGCCACCUUGAGACUCUAGCCGUCAGUCUGGACAGCAGUCUCUGCAAAAGCCAUCUCCACAUUGGAGGUGAUGAGGGUUCUCGUAAGUCAUGUCGCAUGCUGGCUGAUUCACUCAGUGCUGAGCUGGAUGCUGUGAGGAACUUGCUUGGUACUAAGCAGAAUGAAGCAGAGGCCCUGGGGGCUCUGUGGACCUCCUUUAGACAGCGGAAAGAACAACUACUCAAAGCUGUGGAGGACAUAGAAGAAAAAGCUGACCACCAGAGCUUCAAAGAACCUAGCCUGCAUGCACUACAGCAGAGGCUAAGGUUCUUUAACCAGAUGGAGGAUGAGCUCCAGUCACACCAGCACGAGGAACAGUGGCUGAGGGACAAGGGCAACCAGCUGGCCCAGAGAGAUGCAGAGUUGGCUGGGGAGGUACUGAGGGAAAUCAGUCUGCUGGAGACUACAUGGGAGGAUACGAAGAGGCUGAUCACAGAUAGACAGGAGCAGUGCAAUGUCCUUGUUGAGCUUAUGAGAGAAUACCAAGUCCUGAAAACCUCCAUCAGCAGCAUUAUUGAGAGCACCGAGCCUCUGGUUGAAAUAAGCUCUGUUUUGAAGGAUCAGGAGGAAGCCAGAAGGUCACUAACUAAGCAUGAGGCAGUGAAGGUAGAGAUGGCUGCCAAGCAACAUGAAUUGGACCAGUUUUCGGGUAAAGGAAAACAGCUGGUGGUUGAAUUGAAGAAGAUCCCCGAGUGUGAUGCUCAAAUGAUGAAAAAGGAUAUGGAGACUCUUGUCGAUCAGUGGCUAGAUGUGUCUGAGAAGAUAGACGAUAACAUUGAUCGCCUGAACCAGAGUUUGGCACUGUGGGAUGAUGUGCGUAAAAUCAACGAGGACAUUGAGAGCUGGACAAGCAGUUGUGUGAUUGAACUCAAUGAGAGCCUGAACAACCUCAAUGACAGUCAGAAGGUGUCGGCUAGGCUCUCCAUUUUAAAGGCAGAAAUGGGUGAGAAGGAACAGAAACUUGAAACCCUGCAGAGCAAAGUAUCAGAGCUGAAGAAGUGCAGUCAAAGUCAAGAGACCCCUGCUAAAUUGCAGGUGCUGGAGAAUGACCUUCGAAAAAAAAUCAGCACUGCUCAGAAACUACAUGAACAGGCUAGAGGAAAUCUCAUGGACUUCACUUCCCAACGGAAACAGCUGGAAGACUACAUCUCACAAAUGUCUGCAUGGUUAAAAAGUAUAGAGGAUUCCCUUGUUUCUUCUCCCACUGGAUCAGAUCCUGAGGACAUAUGCAGAGUGAAGGAACUCCAGAAAGAGCUGCAAAAUCAGCAGGGGAGUAUCGACUCCACCAGGGAGAGCCUCAACACCCUGUGUAGGAAAUAUCCCUCUGAGGAGCUGGCUGGUUUGGGUUCAGCUCUCACUGACCUCAUCAAGACUUAUGAGUCUGUGAACCAGCUUUCUACUAGGACACUGGCAUCACUGCAGAACUGUCUUCAGAAGCAGUUCAAUGAUCUGGUUCAGGAGUUUCAUCGUUGGCUUUCAGAACAGAGGGAGAUAGUGAAAGAAUGCUCUGACCGAUCUGGAGAUACUCAAAUUGUGGAACGGAAACUCCAGAAACUAAAGGGCGCCAUGGAUCGUGUGGAGGAGGGUGAGGUACGUCUCACUCAGGUCUGUGAGGAAGGAGAGAAGCUCCUACUCCAUCUUCCCAAAGCCAGCGCUGGGCAAGUCCAGCAGCACCUUUCCUCUAUCCAGCAGGACUGGGACAGCUUUGUGGAGCAGUGCAGACAGAACCAACAGAUACUGGAAGACAGUGCAUCUCUCAUGAAGGGGUUUGAGGGUCGUCUCAAGAAGCUCAGGUGGUGGUUGGAGCACAUGGAAAAGAGGAUGACCACAGAUCUGAUUGAAGCCAAGCAGCGUGGUCCUGAAAAGGCAAUGCUCGAACAAGUGGAGGAAUAUCAGCAGGAAGUGCUGAAAGAAAGGGAUUCAUUUGAGCGCUUAUGUCAGGAGAGCCAGGCACUGAAUGAAGGUGGACGAGGUGAUGGUAGUGAGACAAGAGUGUCAGCUCAACUGCAGUCACAGCACCAGGCCUUGCUGAGACGUGUGAGAGAGAGGCUGCGCAGCUGCCAGCUCACUUUACAGGAGCAACAGGCCUUUGAAGAGACCCUACAGACUACCUGGUCCUGGCUUAGCGGAGUCCAGGAGCGCCUGGCAUCACUCAACAGUACAGUUGGCAAUAAAGAGACUCUGGAGAAAAGGCUAGGUCUCGUACAGGAUAUCCUGCUAAUGAAGGGUGAAGGUGAGGUGAAGCUCAACAUGACUGUAGGAAAAGGUGAACAGGUACUGAAACAUAACAGAAUGGAGGGGCAGGAGGCCAUUUGUUCACAGCUACAGAGCCUGAAGGAUGCCUGGGCCAAUAUGUUGAUGACGUCCAUGAGUUGCCACAGUCGUCUGGAGUGGACAGUGGCCCAGUGGACCAGCUUUCAGGAAAGUAAAAGCCAACUGCAGCAGUGGAUGGAGUCAGUGGAGCAGGAGGUGGGGAUGACUUUGCCUCUGCAGCCAGGCCUCAAAGAGAAGUCUGCUUUGCUUGAGCGCCUUAGGGCCAUCCAGGCUGAUGUGGAUGCUCAUGCAGCAGCACUGUCACGCCUAACAGACAAAGCAGUGGAGAUGCAUGAAAAAACUGGCGACCAGACCUUUGGACCAGAGUCAAAGGCGGAGCUCAAUGCACACUUUGCUGAUAUCUCAGCUGUUGUCAAGGGUAAAGUGCAGUCCAUGCAAAACAUUGUGUCUGAGCAUGAGCAGUAUCUUGAUGCCCUGAGAGACUUCAAUGAUUGGCUGAUUUCAGCAAAAGAGGAGCUUCAGCGGUGGUCAGAUCUGUCAGGAGACUCAGUCUCCAUUAAAAGAAAGCUCUCCAAGGUGCAGGAGUUGCUUGACUCUAAGCAACGAGGCAGAGAGAGGCUGAACCGGGUUCAAAGAUGUGGGGCAGUGGCAAGAGAUCACACUGGUUCGGGGGGCUAUGAGGCUAUGGAACGAGAGGAAGCAGCACUGUUGUCAUCCUGGGAACAGUGGGAACGUGGAGCACUGCAGACACGGGCUAGUCUGGAGACUGCCCUCUCCCAGAUAGCCAGCUCUGAACAGGAGUUCACCAGCCGGUCAACACAGCUGGAACAGGACCUGCGGGACUUCAGCCGCCAGCUACAUGACUGCCGUCUGCGGUUGGCUCAAGCAGAAGGAAAAAAUGAUGGAGAGGAGGCUGUUAAAGGCUGGCAGAUAGCAAAGGACACUUUGGAGGAACUUGUCAAAGCUGAGUCCAUGUCCGAUAGUCUGAAGACUCAACUCAAUGAUCUGUGCCGAUUCUCCAGAGACAUGGGCACACAAUCUGAGAGAGUGUCUGCUCUCAUUAAAGAAUACAACAGUCUGAGUCUCCAAGCGUCCAAGGAGUGCCAAAGCAAAGAGAAGCUACUGGAACAAGGGUUCCGCUCAGCCUUCAGAGAAUUCCAGCAGUGGUUGGUCAAUGCCAAGAUCAACACAGCCAAGUGCUUUGACGUACCUCAAAAUGUCAAUGAGGCCUCAUCUAGCUUGCAGAAGAUUCAGGAGUUUCUAAAUGACAGAGAGCAAGGUCAGUCUAAGCUGAAUGCUGUGGUUGUGAAUGGUGAGCUUGUCUCUAGUAUCGCAGCGAAAGACAAAGUUGAUGCAGUUCGGGCUAAAAUGAACACUGCCAGAGAGGACUGGAAAAAUAUGAUGUCUAACCUUCACAACAGAGAGACAAGUCUACAAAAUGUUUUGUCCCAGAUGAAAGAUUUCGAGGCAAGUGCCGAGCCUCUUCAGGAGUGCCUGAAUGCCACAGAGCUGGCUGUGCAGGAGAGCAGCACAAGGCUUCAUGAUCUCACAGCCAAGAAGCUAGAGCUUCACAAGCUACAGUCUGUGCUUGAGGAGUUAGCCUCUCACGAGAUUCAGCUGAACAGGCUGAAAGAGAAGGCCCAGCUGCUGUUGGAUGAACAUGCGGCCGGCAAGGGUUUUGUGCACCGUGUCUCGCAACUCUCUGCUCAGUACCUAGCUUUAACCAACCUGACCAAGGAGAAGACAUCUCGGCUUGACCGAAUAGUCACUGAGCACCAGCUUUUCUCCCAAGGGUUGAAGGAGCUGCAGAACUGGGUGGCUGACACCAGCCACAUGCUGCAGACUUACUGUGCCCCCACUGCUGACAAAAAUGUUCUUGAUAGCAGGAUGAUCAAGCUGGAGGCCUUGCUGACUGCUCGUCAGGAGAAAGAGAUCCAGCUGAAGAUGCUGAUCACAAGAGGAGAGUCAGUUCAGAGAAACACCUCAGCUGAGGGAGUGCCUAUAGUCCAAAAACAAAUACAAGACCUAAAAGAUUCAUGGGAUGCCCUGCUCUCAGCCUCAAUCCAAUGCAAAAGUCAGCUGGAGGGUUCCCUGUCUCAGUGGACCAGUUACCAGGAGGAUGUACGCCAGUUUGUGGCAUGGGUGGAGCGUGUGGAGGACAGUCUUGACCCCACUGAUAAACACUGCCCUGAGAUGAGAGACAAAACUGCUAAUUUGAGCAAAGCCAAGUUGCUAUAUGAGGAAGUGCUCAGCCACAACACCGUGCUGGACACCAUCACUGCAAAGAGUGCCAGUAUCGCUGAGAACUUUGUCACUCAACUGGAGCUCCAAGAUCUGCAGGAGCGCUAUAACACUAUCAAAGAUAAUGCCAUG